GACUGUUGAAUGCGCCGAAGGCCGUGUGGACGAGUUACAACCAAGAUGCUUCUCCCUGCCUUUUCACAGCAGGUUACUGCCCUGUGGAGAGCUGUUCUUUCCCUUCACAAGAUCAAGCUUGCUAAGGAGCAUGGGAGGGUGUGGCUGUCCCACGCCAUCCCUACCACAGGGUCAUAUACACAACAAGAUGGCACAGAUGGGGGGUCCCGCUCGGCAGAGACGGCAUUGCACACCCCUGUCAUGUUGAAAGAGGUGCUCCGCUCCUUGGACCUCAAGCCAGGACAGGUCUUUCUGGACAUGACGUUCGGUGCUGGAGGCCACACCCAGGCCAUUUUGGAUGCCGUACCUGAUGUAACUGUUUACGCCCUGGAUCGCGAUCCCCUGGCCUUUGAAAUGGCCCGACGGCUGUCAGCAGAACAUCAGGGCCAGGUGUUCCCAGUCCUGGGGUGCUUCAGUGAAGUGAUCGACCUGCUUCGGCAGCAUGGGGUGCAGCCUGGAGGUCUGGAUGCUGUACUGCUGGAUGCUGGCUGCUCCUCCAUGCAGCUCGACAACCCGGAGAGGGGCUUUUCUCUCAGCAAGGAUGGGCCUUUGGAUAUGCGGAUGGAUGGAGGCAGGUGCCCUGCUUUGGCCAGUGCGGCAGACGUGGUGAAUGCCUUAGACCGACAGGCUCUCGUCUCCAUCCUGAGCACCUACGGAGAGGAGAGGUACGCCAAGAAAAUAGCAUCGGCGAUCGUGGCGGCUCGUGACGUCUACCCCAUCACCAGGACGCAGCAGCUGGGCGCUAUCAUCGCAGGAGCGUUUUCACCCUCCGCCCUGUAUGCCCGGAAAGACCUCCUGCAGCGACCCGCUCAUGUGGCCACCAAGAGCUUCCAGGCACUGCGUAUCUUUGUCAAUGACGAGCUACAGGAGCUGCAUGCGGCACUGCAGGCGGCGGAGGUGCUCCUGCGGCCCGGUGGCCGGCUCGCCGUGCUCACGUUCCACUCGCUGGAGGACCGCGUGGUCAAGCGCUUCCUUCACGGCCUCGACGUGGCCGCCCCGCCCCGCCGUAACCCCCGCCGACCAGCCCGGGAGGAAGAGGGUGAGGAUGAGAGACCGGGCACUGGGCACGCUCGCUGGACCUUUGUGCAAAAGAAGGUGAUCGUGCCCCAGGAGGAUGAGCCCCCAGAGAGCAAACCAGACACAACAGUGGCAAGGAAGAACUCUUCUAGAAGGAAGAAACCUUGGGAGGAACCAGAUGGACCUCAAGCUCCAGAAGCCGGCAGAGGAAGUCAAAUUAAUGGGAUGGCAAAAUCCUAAUUUAAACCGUCCAAAUUCUUAAUAUUUGAGUCUAAGUGCAGAUGGCAGGCAGGUGCUGGUGCUGCUGCUGACUGCAGGAUGAACAGAGAUGCAGCAGCAGGGCAGACAGGAGAGACGUCACAGGCGGGAGGACGUCACAGGCGGAAGGACGUCACAGGCGGAAGGACGUCACAGGCGGAAGGACGUCACAGGCGGAAGGACGUCACAGGAGGGAGGACGUCACAGGCGGGAGGACGUCACAGGAGGAAGGACGUCACAGGCGGAAGGACGUCACAGGCGGGAGGACGUCACAGGCGGGAGGACGUCACAGGCGGAAGGACGUCACAGGAGGAAGGACGUCACAGGCGGAAGGACGUCACAGGAGGAAGGACGUCACAGGCGGAAGGACGUCACAGGAGGAAGGACGUCACAGGCGGAAGGACGUCACAGGCAGUAGAGGCAACACAGGCAGCAGGAUGGACCACCUGGUGCAGCUUGGUCUUGGAGAAGGAGGAGGAUAGGAGCCAGAUACUGAUUGAGGUGGUCAGAAGACCCUCACUGAUGUCUGAGGAGAAGCUCUCUGGAUGGGAUAGGAGAUGUAUGAAGAACAAUCUCUAUUAGGCUUUCCUAAAGAGGAAGGUAACAUUAAUGUCCUACCUCAAAGUACAGAGAUGAAGGUUUAUUCUUGCAUUGAGGUUUCCUCAGGUCAGCAGCAGUACAUCUUGCACUUACUUUCCCAAAGUGAAACUUAUUUAUUACCUAGCAAGGAUGUUUGUUGUAUGAAAUCCUGCAUGAACAACUGCUGAUGAGGGACUUGAGUAACCCUGAUAUAGGAAAACACUGAUCAGUCCUCCUUCUGAGCCCCCAUAAUGCAUGACACAGCAGAGCAUUAAGGAAGUGUAUUGCUUACACUGAGUAAAUAUUAUUACCACAGGUAUGAUGCAAGGCCUGUCACACGGCAAUUUCAUCUCAAUGGAGCGCUGUGAGCUGCAUCGUUAGCUGGGGAAUACCCUUUGUGCUAUCACUGUUACACAGACCAAUACAUUUAUACCAUAAUAGGUAGAGCAUUUGGAAGAAAUAUGGCAAUUUGCACCCUUAAUAAAUGGAACGCUUGUAAGAUUUGGGUAUAUUUGUAGAAAAUGGCACAACCUGAGUGGUGAGGAGCAUAUUACAACUGCCUUGUAUUACUUCAUUCUUUUAAGAGCGUGGGCUCUUACCUUUUGAGAACGUCCAAUAAACCACAGAUGUUUA